AUGCUGGUGUUUCCUCCAGGAUCAGGAAACGGCAGGUGCCAUGGAAACAGAACUGGCUGUGUGAGUCAGGACAGUCGUCAAAGCACCAGGGCAGGCAUCUGCUAUAGCAUGUCCAGGUCGUAUCCUGGCAGCCAGCACGGAGGAGACCUGCCCCCAGACUCUCAGCUGUCUGUGUUCUACCUCUGCGGGGACUUCAAACGCUGCUUAUUAAAACUACCUGUCAUUGCCAGGAGACUGCUUUGGGUUUUUUCCAGUUUGUUUUGUUUUGUGUUUCUUUUUGAACAUGGUAGCGCUCGUACAUUGACAUUAAUGGUUCCUGCUGCCGCGAUAGGAGGCACUCUUCAGUACGGAUACAAUCUGGCCAUCAUGAACGCACCCACGACUUACAUUCAGAAUUUCAUAAACGAGACAUUUGUGGAUCGCUGGGGGCUGCAGCUGGAGGUGUAUGAGGUCACGCUCAUCUGGACCUUUAUCGUCUCGGUCUUCUCACUGGGCGGAUUCGCAGGGGCUCUUCUGGCGGGACCCAUGUCCAUCCGCUUCGGCAGGAAGAAGGCUUUACUGCUCAACAACAUUUUCCUGAUGUCAAGUGCCCUUUUAGCAGUGACGAGCCGAACGGCAAGGUCUUUUGAGAUGAUCAUUAUCUCACGUGCUUUGGUCGGAAUCAACGCUGGUAUCAGCAUGAAUGUACAGCCCAUGUAUUUUGGGGAGAGUGCCCCCAAACACCUGCGUGGGGCAGUGUCCUUGUCCUCCGCCGUCUUCACAGCGUUCGGUGUGGUGUUGGGACAAGUGGUGGGUCUAAGGGAGUUACUGGGGAGCGAGUCAUGCUGGGAGUACCUGCUGGCCAGUAAUGCUAUCCCAGGCUUCAUCCAACUGCUGACUCUGCCUUGGUUCCCAGAAAGCCCAAGAUAUCUCCUCAUCGACCGCGGAGACAAGGAAGCCUGCCUCAACGCACUGAGGCGUCUGCGGGGGUGCGACGUCCAGAAAGGAGAGCUGGACGAGAUCUUGCAGGAGCAAGCGGAGGCGAAAGGCGAGAGGGCCAAGAGACCCUGGGAGCUCUUCACCGACCGGAGCGUUCGCUGGCAGCUCAUCUCCGUCAUGGUUAUCAGCAGCGCCAUGCAACUGUGUGGGAACGACUCGAUAUAUUUCUAUGCAUCGUACGUGUUUAAAGAGGCUGGAAUUUCAGCCAAUGCAAUCCAGUAUGUGACUGUGGGAACAGGCACGUGUGAAUUCACUGCGUGUAUUCUUUGUAACCUGCUGAUUGAGCGUCGGGGCCGUAAGAUCCUGCUGAUGGGGGGGUACAUUCUCAUGGCUGGCUGGGCGGUCGUCUUCACUGUGGCCUUGUCUUUUGAGGAAAAAGUGUCAUGGAUGCCUUACCUCAGCAUGGCCUGCAUAUUCACCUACAUCCUCAGUUUUGGCAUGGGGCCAGCUGGAGUGACGGGUGUCCUGCCUACAGAGAUAUUUAAUCAGACAGCACGACCAGCAGCGUACAUGAUCGCUGGCUCCCUGAUGUGGCUCAAUCUUUUCAUCAUUGGAAUGGUUUUCCCUUUCCUAGUGAAUUCCCUAGGACAGUACUGCUUUGUGCCGUUCGGAGCUGUGUGUCUAUCCACCGCCAUCUUCAUUGGUUUGGUGCUACCAGAGACAAAAGGCAAAACUCUACCAGUCAUUUCAUCAGAGUUUCACAGGCUCAACUUCCGUGGCCAGGAGAAAGCCCCGCCCCAGGCCCAGCCAGCACAGUACCAACUGGGACACGUCAUCCAUUCCACUGCCCUGUAG